AUAGACAGUUCAAAGGCUCAUGAAUAUUAAACACGCCAUGGGAAGUCGCUUGAUAAAAUAGAGGACUCUGGUGAAUAUUAUGAAUCAAGCCUUCGUCAUAGUAGCCUAUGAUUGAUUUCGUCUAGCAGAGAUCAUCUCCCGUUACUUUCAGUUUUUAGUAGUUCCGAUAGAAUGGACGUCGAUUCCGAUAUCAGCCGUACUGACCGGUCCAGCACUAACUCCAAUAUAGAGAGUCUGGGUCUGACGAACUCCACUUUAACUUAUGAUGGAAACUUUAUUCGCUCUGCUGCUGGUGUGUGUAUGACGGGAGAAAUCGUGUUUGGACUACUGGUGUGGACUCUGAUCGGUGGGACAGACUACCUCCACGCGCCUGCGCUGGGAUGGGUGAUGUUCGUGUCCGUUUUCUACUGGGUUUUUACCGUCAUUCUUUUUCUCCUAUACCUGACCAUGACCCAAACCAGGAUUCCUCAGAUCCCGUGGAAAACCCUGGGAUUAUGUUUUAAUGGCAGCGCCUCGGUCCUGUACCUGACAGCAACCGUUAUUGGUGCUGUAUCGUUAAAUUUAGCCAACAGGGGGCGCUACUAUUUCAUUAGCUGGGUGGCAUCAACGAUAUUUGCUUCAUUGGCUAUGUUGUGUUAUGCAGGAAGUACAGUCGUGAUUCUCAAAUCAUGGAGAUCAAAAAGUGAAGACAUGUAGGUCAAGAGAAGACAAAGGGAGUGUGAAUAAAUGGGAUCAUAAAUAAACAAUUAACCCUAUAUUUCAUAGACAACAUUUUGCUGUGACUGUAGCAUUGUUCUAAUCAUUAAAAACUGUUGUGUUUGAAAUAACACUAUUUAUUUUUGUAAAUCAAUAAAAAUAAAUCACCUUUUAUACGAAA